AUGGACCAAUUUCCUGGUGUCCAAAAGGCUGAAGCUGCCGUUCUAGUGUGGAGUAGGCCUGCUCUUUACUCGACCUAUGCCUGGAUUUGGAUCUGUUUCUUCAUGCUUGCUCUUCAUUCUUCUAUUAGUGGUACCGUGAUGAGAUACGCUUAUGGUGACCUUGGAAAUGCUCCUCAAGUCAGUACCGCCGGUAUGUUGUCGAGUAUCAUUGGUGGUGUCCUUAAAUUACCAUGUGCUAAAAUAUUGAGCAUUUGGGGUCGUACCGUGGGUUUUUACUUUUUGUUGGUGUUUAUGUGCUUGGAAUCGUCAUUCUUGCAGCUUGUAACAAUCCAGGCAGUUACGCUGCUGGAUAUGUUUUGUAUUGAAUUUGGUUAUACUCAAAUUUAUAUGAUCAUGGAUGUAUUUAUUGCAGAUACUUCUGGGCUUCGUAAUCGUGCUUUUGCAUUUGCAUUUGCUAGUACACCCUUUAUCUGCACAGCAUUUACAGGACCUCUUGCGGGUCAAUCUUUCCUUGAUCAUUCUACCUGGAGAUGGGGUUAUGGUGUCUUUGCCAUAGUAAUGCCUUUCGUUCUUGUUCCACUCGCUUUGGUUUUCAAAUUUUACGAGAAAAAGGCUAUCGAAUUGGGGGUUGUGAAGAAGGAAAAAAGGGGAAGAACUGCCAUGCAAACUUUUUUUCACUAUUUUCAUGAGUUUGAUAUUGUAGGUUGUUUUUUAUUGAUGGCUGCAUUCGUUAUUUUCUUGCUUCCAUUUACCUUAGCAUCUUAUGGAAGAUCGCAGUACAGUUCUGUUACAUUUAUUGCUAUGGUUAUCGUUGGUUUCUAUAUUUCCCCAGUAUUCUUUCCAUGGGAAAGAUUUGGUGCUCGUAAGCAUUUUAUUCGUUGGGAACUUUUAAGUGAUCGUACUGUUUUAGGAGCAUGUUGUCUUUCUGCGAUUUCGUUUCUUAGUUUCUACUGCUGGGAUCUCUAUUUUUUCCAGUUUGUGAGUGUUGUCUACGACUUGAACGAAUCCAUGGCUGGUUAUAUGCUUCAAAUUCAUAAUAUUGGGUCUUGUUUCUGGGGUGUCGUAUUCGGUGUAUGGGUUCGCUAUGUCAAACAUUUUAAAUAUACUUGUCUCUUCUUUGGUCUCCCUCUCAUGAUUCUUGGAGCUGGUCUUAUGUUUCACUUUCGUGGGCAAGAUGAAAACAUCGGCUAUAUUGUUAUGUGUCAAAUCUUCGUUGCCUUCGGUGGUGGUGCUUUGGUCAUAGGUGAAUAUAUGGCUAUUAUGUGUGUUGCAGACAUAGAAGGUGUACCAAUGAUGCUUGCUCUCAUUGGGCUUUUCUAA